CAGUAUCAGUCAUAAAUUGCCAAGCCAGGCCGUUUCAUACAGCUCACAGCUGUUACUUUAUUACUUGUUUUACUCCUUUACGCACUUCACCGAAAUAAUUUUACUUAAUCGCUUAAUUUAAUUACAUACGCAAAACUAGAGGGUAAAGCAAUAUUAGACUAAUUUUGUCUAUUUACGAAUUGCUUAAAGAUGCCUGCGGAUCAAAUACAAUAUUCAGAAAGGUAUAGCGAUGACGUCUAUGAAUAUAGACAUGUCAUCUUACCACAAGAUAUUGCUCGUCUAGUUCCUAAAUCUCAUUUGAUGACGGAGACUGAAUGGAGAAACCUAGGUGUACAACAAAGUCCUGGUUGGCUUCACUUCAUGGUACACAGUCCAGAACCCCAUGUUUUGUUGUUUAGAAGACCAAGAACUGAUGUUCCUACUCCAGUGAACAAUUUAGAAUCUAGUUCAAAUUCAACUGUUAAGGUGUGAUAAGAUAUUGCCGUUAACUAUGCAAAUGCUAAUAAAAAAUCUUGUAUGACUAUUUGCAGGGAUAUCAUUAUGCUUUAUGGUUAUAUUAGUCAAGCUUAAUACACAUACAGGUAAGGGCAUUGUUUAUAAACCUCAAAGUGCAAAUAAUAUUAUUAAUUAUUAUAGUAAAAAAUAAAAUAAGCAGAUAUUUAUUUUAAUAUAUGGCUUUAAUUUUCUGUUUAGAUUGGUUGAAACUUCAUCAAAUAUGUCCCAGUAAAAAAAGCUAAAGCCAAAUAUUUAUAAAAAUGUAAAUCUUAGUAAAAAAAUUUGCUAAUAGUUGUUAUAUAUUACCAUAUAUGAACAAAUAAUGGUAGCUAAUAAAAGCAAUAGAAAAUAUAUUUGUAUAUCUCAUGUUGGUUGUUUGAUAAUGUUAUAAGAUAUGUAACAAGAAUUUGUAAAGUUAUUAUAACCUGUUACAAAAAAAGUUCCUGGGGGCUUUUGUGUGAAUUGCGUAGCAAAGAAUUAUUACCAACAUAAAUGUAACAUUAAUUUGUUUGGUCAUUCAUGCUCAUUUUGAGCUGGUAACACAUGACUGAUAAAGUGCUGUAAACAUAGUUCUAAUAAAAUUAUUUAUAAAUAUAAUAUGUAUCUGCUAAAACAGUGGAAUAGAAAUCUGUUACCUCUUUCUACAAAAAAUCCUUAUUAAAGUAAAAUCUGAAUAUGUUAAUGUUUCAGGUAUGACUAUGUAGUGAUACGGUUCAUUGGUUACUAUAGUGAAGUACAGUCCAAUAAUAACUACCAAAGUUCACGGUACAGCCUAGUUAGGUUCUCUUAUAAAUGUAUUGUCUAAUGAAGCAGUGUAUUAUGCCGAGUAAAUAACAAUAUAUUGUGUCUGUAACAAUAUUUUCUUUUGGACAUUGUUGAUGAAUAGCUAUUUUUUUUGCAUGAAGACAGGAAGAAACAAAAAGGUGGAAUGUACACUAAGGUCUGAAAUUAAAACAAAUAUCACUAUGCA